AUGUCUAGACCAAAGGUGCUUUUAGUUUUGUACGAGGGCGGUGAACACGCCAAACAGGAACCUAAGUUGUUGGGUUGCCUUGAAAACGAGUUGGGAAUCAGACAACUCGUGGAGUCCAAGGGCUACGAGUUGGUUACCACCUCCAACAAGGACCCAAUUGGCUCUUCUGAGGUUGACGCCCACUUGCCUGAGACUGAGGUUAUCAUCACCACUCCUUUCUUCCCUGCCUACAUCACCAGAGAGAGAAUUGAGAAGGCUCCACGCUUGAAGCUCUGUGUCACUGCUGGUGUGGGUUCUGACCAUAUCGACUUGAACGCUGCUAACGAGCACAACAUCACCGUUGCUGAAGUUACCGGCUCCAACGUUGUUUCUGUCGCUGAACAUGUCAUUCUGACCAUCUUGAACUUGGUUCGUAACAUCAUUCCUUCCCACGAACAAGCUGUUCAAGGCGGUUGGGACAUUGCUGGUUGCGCCAAGAACGAGUUUGACUUGGAGAACAAGGUUGUUGCUACCGUUGGUGCUGGUAGAAUUGGCUACCGUGUGUUGGAGAGAAUGAUUGCAUUCAACCCAUCCAAGCUCUUGUACUUUGACUACCAGCAGCUUCCUUCCGAGGCUACCGACAAGUUGAACAAGGCUUCUGAGAUCUUCAAUGGCAGAGGUGACAUUGUUGAGCACUUCACUGACUUGAAUGAAAUGUUGGCCAAGGCUGAUGUUGUCACCAUUAACUGUCCAUUGCACGAGAAGACCAAGGGCUUGUUCGACAAGUCUACCAUUAGCCACAUGAAGGAUGGUGCCUGGUUGGUUAACACUGCCAGAGGUGCCAUUUGUGUGGCUGAGGAUGUAGCUGAGGCUGUCUCUUGCGGUAAGCUUAGAGGCUACGGCGGUGACGUCUGGUACCCACAGCCAGCCCCUGAGGACCACCCAUGGAGAUCUUUCAGAAACAAGUGGGGUGGUGGUAACGCCAUGACUCCACAUAUCAGUGGUACUUCUUUGGAUGCCCAGGCCAGAUACAGCGCCGGUACGCACGCCAUCUUGAAGAGUUACUUCGACAAGACCUUCGACUACAGAAAGGAGGAUCUUAUUGUUAUCGAUGGCGACUACGCCACGAAGGCCUACGGCCAGCGUAAGUAG